AUGGCAUGCACCAUCUGCAACGACGGUGCGCACUUUGUCGACCAAUGCGAGCAUUUCCGGCAGAUGGGCCCCAAGGAAGCUGUUCGGGUCCUAUUGGUUGAGCGGGCUAGGCUGCCUACGGUCUUCACAGAGGAUAAGUCAGUCUUUGUUCGAGUCCUUUAUCUGGCUGCUCGUCAUAGCCUUGGCCUGCCUUUUGCGCCUUGGGGACCAAAGGCCGUACAGAAGAUGAUGAAGGAAGGCAAAUGGCACGGCAUUGCCGAAAAGUACGAGGCGACCCUGGACGUUGGCCACCACGAGGACGAUCCGGCGGUCGAGGCUCUCGGCCGAGACGUGCUCGCCCGCGUCGUGGCCCAGAAGAAAGAGGAGGAGCGGGUGUCGAGGGCGUCACAGUCGGCGACGCCCGCACAGCCUGUCGGGCUGGAGUCUGCCCCGAAGACGCAGGUUCCCCAGCACCAACAUGCCCACGACACUCCGGCGUCCUGGGCCGACGAUCCUGAGGACGUGGAGGGCCAGCAGGCGAGGCUGGAGGAGUGUUGGAGGAACUUGAAUCACAAGUGGCCUCGUUAG